AUGGCUGAAGAACAGAAAACUUGGACUGGCAAAGCCAUAGUGGCUCGCGAUACGCUUGCUGACAAUGGCUGGAAGAUGGAAGAGGUCACAACACGCGAGAUCCAAGAGGAUGAAUUGCUCGUAGAAUUGGUAGCGAGUGGUAUCUGCCAUACAGACAUCAUGUGUGGUUCGGGAAGCGGCAACUCGGAUUUGUUCUAUUACCCUCGCGUACUGGGUCACGAAGGGUCGGGCUAUGUCAAAGCCGUCGGCUCAAAAGUUCAAAUUGCAAAGCCAGGAGAUGCUGUAUUGUUGUCAUUCGAUUGGUGCGGUCGUUGCGAGUCCUGCAAAAGUGGUCUUCCAUCGCUGUGCUAUGAGAGCAUGCCACUGAAUUUCGGCAAUAAGGCCGCUUUCGUGUCUGCCGAUACAAAAGACACGAGCGAGAUAGCCGGUAAGUUCUUCGGCCAAUCUAGUUUUGCCCACUAUAGUGUGGCAAAACAGAACAGCGUUGUCAAUGUGACCAGCCUGAUCAGGAGCAAGGAAGAAUUGCAGACCUUCGCACCCUUGGGCUGUGGCUUCCAGACCGGAGCUGGCACUGUGGUCAACGUCGCAAAAGCGACACCCAAUGACUCGGUUGUCGUGCUUGGUUUGGGAGGCGUUGGCUUGAGCGCUAUCAUGGCAGCAAAGAUCUCUGGUUGCCGAACUAUCAUCGGAGUUGAUCGUGUGGACAGCCGAAUGGAGACGGCAAAGUCUCUAGGUGCGACACAUGUGAUUGACACAUCCAAGCUCCCAGACGGCAAGACUGUCGUUAAAGCGGUACAGGAACUUUGUGAAGAUGCGGGUCCCGCAAUCACCAUCGACACGACAGGCGUGCCAGUCCUCGUCAAAGCCGCUAUCGAGAUGACAAGAAAGGGAGGCAAGAUCAUCCAAGUGGGAUCAACACCACCAGACUUCCAGGUCGAAAUUCCAGUGUUUCCCUUCAUGAACAGCGGUAAAGCUUUCAUGGGAGCGAUCGAAGGCAACAGCGUAUCAUCGGAAUUCAUUCCAAAGAUGAUAGGUUGGUACCGGGAGGGAAGAUUUCCUUUCGAUAAGCUGGUGAAGCUCAUGCCGGCGGAGAAUUUUGAGAAGGGUGUGCAUGAAAUGCAUACAGGCGAGACGGUGAAGCCCAUUAUCACUUGGUCUUGA